CCUCACUGUCCACUCAUAUUUGCCUGGCCUCUGCCACUGAUUCAUUGCAGUGUUUUCUGCCAGUCAUUUAUUGUGCAUUAACAUGCUUAUUGACAGAGGAAAAACAGUAUUUAUUUCCUUUCACAGAGUUGUCCGGAGUCUUACUAACCACCACUUGUGCAAAUCUUUGGAUGAAAGGAAUCAUAAGGGUUCUAAGCUCUUAAUAUAUAUUACUUAUUGUACUUUGAAACAAAUGUCAUCACCCUAGGUAGGAAUUAACAUUCCAUAGCCCAUAGGGUGGAUACCUUUUCAUACACAUAUAUAUAAAAGUCAAGUGACCUGCCUCCGAGGAAGGCCGACUGAAGACUGGUCUCGUGGGGCAGCUUGAGGAGAGCCGUCACCAUGAUCCCUGCACUGCUCUUGCUGGGCCUUACAGCCCUUGUCGCUCCAUCCAUGAGUUACAGUUGCUAUGGUGACAUAAGUGCUCUUCAAGCCCCCACGAUCUCCUGUACGCCUGUAAGAGCCCCAGACUGUGGACUUGCCACGGUGCGGAGGAUUGCUGAGACAGACAUCGUACGCCUGAGGAAAUACGAGGUUCCGAUUAAGAGAGUAGCCCGAAACUUGUGCCUGGAGCCGGCGCUCAUCGCUGCCAUCAUCUCGCAGGAGAGCCGUGUUGGCCUGCUCCUGGACAACGGCUGGGACCGUGGACACCACAAGUAUGGCUUGAUGCAGCUUGGCAGGCUGCAACACCCUUACGGAGUGUGGGAUAGUGAAGAACACAUAAAUCAAUGCUCAACUAUCCUGGUUCUCUCAAUUAAUGAAGUCCGGGCAAGACAUCCCACCUGGAGCUGGGACCAGCAGCUGAGAGGGGGAAUCUGCACCUACCGGGCAAAAAUGGGCAACUUCCAGGUCUACGAGGAUGAUCCAUGCGAGGGAGACAAUUACUACGUCAACAGUGUGAUUAGGAGAGCCCAGUACUUUAAGAGAUAUGGGUUCUAGCUCAUGAACCCCCUCCACCACCAAGCCUCUCCUCUAUAUAGACUAGCCCAGUAGUGAUUGUAGUACCCAGAGCAGUUCCUCAGGUCCCCUGGCUGGACCAAUGCUGAUGGCAAUGAUAAUGGCACCUUGCACAUUCCAGCAAACCCCAGCUCCCCACUUGCUGGCAGAUGAGCUGAGCGCUGCUUCCACAGAACCCACAGGGAGGAGAUACCACAAGUCUGGGGCCUUUGAAAGGCAGCUGGGGACAGAUCGGUCAUGUUUGUCUGUCAGGUGAGGAAGGUGCCUCUUCCCAUUCGAAGCUGAACCUCAGGCUGUUCAUGCAUUCCCCAGGCAUGAGCAUGUGAGCAGCUCUCCCCGGGCAACAGUUGUGCUCUUCACAUCUCCUCCAUCCAUAUUCUUCCUUCUCCCUGGCCAAUGGGAGGAUGUAGCCCACAAGUUAAAUUCUUCCUUCUCCUUGAUUGUGUCGGCUAUGGGACAACAGAGACUUCUUGCCAAGCCUUUGGUCUCUGCACUAGCUGUGUAUUCCUGUGGCCAGCCUUGUCGGGGACAAUGCUAAACGUGGUUCUGCUAGUCUCCCAAGCCCUGGAGCCCACAGCUGUGAUGGGGAUGGAAACCUCUUUAGGGUGAAAAGCACUUACACAGGGGAAAUUCUUUAUAUGGGAGGUGCUGCAAGUGCCAUAGCAGGCACACAAAACACCUUUCUGUUAGAGUGGCCCUCUGAUAAGGAAGGAGCCCCACACACACUCAUCCCAUGAGUUGUAUUACAACAAUAGUAUUGGAAAAACAAACCAACCAAAUCCCACAACUUUUCCUGCUUUAGCUUUGGCACCUUUAUGCUGGAUUUCCUCCAAGUUUGAAAGUGUUUCAGCACCUGUUCUUCUGCCAGGAAUCCUAGAUUCUAACAAGGACUGAAUUAGCUCUGUGUUUAUACACCUUUUGAAAGUGCUUUUCAGUGUGGAUGGGUCUGCAUGCAAAUUUAGGUUUAGUGGGUAAAGGAGAGAAAAUAAAGAUAAACGUUGAAUCCCAAUUUUUGGGGUUUUUUAUUGUUUACAUUUCAUGGGGCCCGGUGGGCAGCAACCUGAAGCUUGAGUAAAUAAGCCAAUUCAGUACUCUUGGUAUGGGUCUAAAACUCAAUUUGAGAACAGGGAGAGGAAAACAGUGCUACAGACUGGGGUAGGUGAGAAGAGCUGGGCUGUGAGGAAGGAAUGAGGCAGCCCAAGCUCAGCCACCUUCCUUAAACCUGUGGACAGAGGAAUAAGGAUGGUCACAUUUACACUUUUGAAUAUGAAUAUUGGAGGCAUCAGGGCACCUUUCUGAUGCCUGAAACCAUUGCCAAUGCAGAAGGGAUGUCCCUGAUGGUCCCUGGCUGCACAGGACUGUGCUGAGUAUGUACCUGGUCUGCCAGGCAGGGCCAAUGCAGGCAGCGUGAGAGCUGCUUUGGAGACAGCUUUUGCAAGCAGAGCAAUUUUAAUCCUGUGCUCCUCAUCUUGCCAGCCACUAGUCUGCUUACUGUUGCAGCAAGGACUGAGAGCAACAUAUUUGCAAGCACACUCAUUUCAUGGUCCCUGGAGACCAAAGGGAGCUCUAGGAUGUCUCCAACAUUAAUGACUUCUUUUUAAGAUUACAGAAAACUACUUAGUGUUGAGCAACUGAGGGUAUUAAAGUCAAUACUAUUUAGUCUUUAGUGAAUUCGCAGCAAUAUUAAGAUAACUUUAGUAAAAUCAUUACUUUGCAAUACAAAAUUAUGAAACAUAUCACAUGAUUUGAUCCCUUCUACUUGAAAUAGCUCAUGUAAAAUUCAUAGGUUGAAGUUUUUGGUGCAUUGUGUUGCACAAACCUCUUACAUAGCCUCUCACGUGAAAUCUAGGAAUGUAUUUUUGGUAGAUAAGCAUGUCAAAUGGGGCAGAGAAACUCACUGCUGCCUACAUGCAUAAAGUUGUUUUUUUAGUUUGGAGAGUGAACAAGAGUGGAGUUUUCUUUGGUUCUGUCCAGGUUACCUUUAAUUGUUGCAGGCAAACUCCCUAUUGCCAUCCAUGCAAAUUCAUGAGUUCCUCAGAGAUCAAUUUCCACAUGCAUUACCUAUGAAGCUGCUGCUUCAUGUUAUUGUAGCAAUACCCCACGCCCUGCAGACCCACCUGCUGGCAUUGCCACAAAGGAGUACUUAUUUUUUUAAGUCUAUUUAAACACCCUGAUUAUGGGAAGUCCAUAUUUUAUUGCAAAUGUCAUUCUAGGAUAUCAGCACUUUGUAGUGAACAAGGAAAAUGCCUGAACUACAAAUGCUUGAUAAAUUGGCAGGAAGGAGUGAAUAGUUCAGGAAACCUUAACAUUAGCAUACUGCCUUCAGAUUCAAGCAAAAGCUUACCUCAUAAACAGUGAGCUCAGAUUGCUUUUCCCCUCCAAUCUUUUGCUGGUCACCCAUGCCCAUGUUACUGGAAGUUAUUUAGCUGAUGUACAGAGGGUUGCUGCAGCCACACUUCACCCUUUUGACCCAGGACCCAUUAAAGAAAAACAGGCAGCUUGCAAAGCAAGCAGUACCACAGGUGUAUUGAGUCUGUCUGAGAUGGAGUUCAUUUUCCCCACAGCAGUCCUCAGAGUGCUGUGCUGUGUAUCAGUAGCUGGAAAGGUGUUGAUAACACACCAGUGUUUGGCUCCUGCUGAGCAGCGCUCACACAGCAUCAAGGCUGUCCUCCAACGUUCCCCCUUCACCAGUAGGCUGGGGGUGGGCAAGUUCUGGGGAGAGGACAUGACCAGGAGAGCUGGCCAAAACUGACCAAAGGAAUAUCCCAGAUAAUAUGGUGUCUGCUCAGCAAUAAAAGCUAAGAUAAAGGUGGAAGUAAGGGGCAGCCCACUUCCCAGGAAGUGGCUGGACAUGACCUGCUGAUGUGAAGUAGAAAAUAAAUCUUUUGUUUUCUUUUGUU